AUGCACUCACAGGGUCUAUACGGCGAGCGCGAUUCCACUCAAGGUCGAGGCGCCGGCGACCCGCUGCGAUUUCUGGAGUUUUCGACGCAGGGAGAGGACGCGGAGUACGAGUACGCCACGCAGUUCCACGAUCUCAGCCAGCCGUCGCGCCCGGAUGGCGUCGGGAGCGUCGGAUGGGUGGACUCCCACUUAGGACCGUCGAAUUCCGCGGAUCCCGCAGACGCGUUACGAGCGAAAGCAGCGUAUAGGAAGGACGGCGCCGCGGGUCAGGCCGGCGCGUUCGCGGAAAACGGGCUGUCGGCGCGGGAUGACGCAGCGCGAGCGGGGUUGGACGCGAGCGUGGCCGGCGCAGCGGGUGGGAACGGCGUGGCAGCGGCGGAUGCGCUGAGCGCGACGAUGAACGAUCUGAGCUUCGACGAGAUGGGCGAGGAGGACGCCAUGGAUUUCCCCUCCACGGACUUGCCGGAGCACGCGUGCAAGUACUGCGGCAUCCAUAACCCCGCGUGCGUCGUGCGCGCGAAGCACAAGGAGGUGUGCCUGCACCGGGACAGCCCGCUGGGCGAAACCAUCCUCGAGUGUUACAACUGCGGGUGUCGCAACGCGUUCCUGCUGGGGUUCAUCCCGGCCAAGGCGGAGUCGGUGGUGGUGCUGCUGUGCCGCGAGCCGUGCCUGUCCGUGAACGGGCUCAAGGACAUGAACUGGGACCUGCUGCAGUGGCAGCCGCUCAUCCACGACCGCUGCUUCCUCUCCUGGCUCGUCAAGGUGCCAUCAGAGCAGGAGCAGCUGCGCGCGCGGCACCUGAGCGCGCAGGCAGUGAAUCGCCUGGAGGAGCUGUGGAAGACCAACCCCACCGCCUCUCUCGACGACCUUGACAAGCCCGGCGUGGACGACGAGCCGCAGCCCGUGGCUCUCAAAUACGAGGACGCUUACCAGUACCAAAACGUGUUUGGCCCGUUGGUGAAGCUGGAGGCGGAUUACGACAAGAUGAUGAAGGAGGCGCAGACCAAGGACAACAUCACUGUGCGGUGGGACGUGGGGCUCAACAAGAAGAGGGUCGCCUACUUCGUCUUCCCCAAGGAGGAGAGUGAGCUUCGUCUGGUGCCAGGAGAUGAGCUGCGGUUGAAGUACCCAGGGGAUCCCAUCCACCCCGCAUGGCAGUCCGUGGGCCACGUGAUCAAGCUAACGCCGCAGGAGGAGGUGGCGGUGGAGCUGCGAGCAGGCCAGGGGGCGCCAGUGGAGGUGACGCACGGGUUCAGUGUGGACUUUGUGUGGAAGAGCACAUCGUUUGACCGCAUGCAGGCCGCCAUGAAGCUCUUUGCUGUUGAUGAAACCUCCGUCUCUGGGUUCAUCUACCACCGGCUGCUGGGCCACGAUGUGGAGCCGCACACGGUGCGCAACGUCAUGCCCAAGCGCUUUGGAGCGCCAGGCCUGCCAGAACUCAACCACUCGCAGAUCUCAGCGGUGAAGAGUGUGCUGCAGAAGCCGCUGAGUCUCAUCCAGGGCCCGCCAGGCACGGGCAAGACGGUCACGUCAGCAGCCAUAGUGUACCACUUGGCACGGCAGGAGCAGGGGCAGGUGCUGGUGUGCGCGCCCAGCAACGUCGCGGUGGAUCAGCUGGCGGAGAAGAUCAGCAUCACGGGCAUCAAGGUGGUGCGGCUGUGUGCCAAGUCAAGGGAGAGUGUGAGCUCGCCUGUGGAGCAUCUCACCCUGCACCACCAGGUGCGCAAUCUGGAGGAGGCGGAGAAGGGCGAGCUGCACAAGCUCAUGAUGCUCAAGGAGGAACAGGGGGAGCUGUCGAGUGCGGAUGAGAAGAAGUUCAAGGCGUUGAAGCGCGUGGCGGAGAGGGAGAUCUGUCAGAGCGCCGAUGUCAUCUGCACCACCUGUGUCGGUGCAGGGGACCCGCGCCUCUCCAACUUCCGCUUCCGACAGGUGCUGAUCGAUGAGUCAACGCAGGCCACGGAGCCCGAGUGCCUCAUUCCCCUCGUCAUGGGUGCCAAACAGGUGGUGUUGGUGGGCGACCACUGUCAGCUGGGUCCAGUCAUCAUGUGCAAGAAGGCAGCCAGGGCGGGCCUCGCCCAGUCGCUCUUUGAGCGCCUCGUGCUGCUCGCUGUCAAGCCCAUUCGCCUGCAGGUAUCCUCUCACUCUGCCUCUCUCUCUCUCUCUGCAUCUCCCGCUCUCUUCCCCUCCCUCAUUCCCACUUUUCCUCUUCUCUAUCCGCCCCACGCGCAUGCCCACCAGGUGCAGUACCGCAUGCACCCGUGUCUAUCUGAGUUCCCCAGCAACACCUUCUACGAGGGCACGCUGCAGAACGGAGUGGCGGACGCCGACCGCUGCCUGCCCGGCAUCGACUUCCCCUGGCCCGUGCCCAACCGCCCCAUGAUGUUCUAUGUGCAGCUGGGGCAAGAGGAGAUGAGUGCGAGUGGCACGUCGUACCUGAACCGCUGCGAGGCCUCGCAUGUGGAGAAGGUCGUCACGCUCUUCCUGCGCAACGGAUGCAUGCCGCACCAGAUAGGGGUGAUCACGCCGUACGAGGGGCAGCGCGCGUACAUUGUGACGCACAUGGCGCGCAACGGCCCUCUGCGCCAGCAGCUCUACAAGGACAUUGAGGUGGCGAGUGUGGAUUCAUUUCAAGGCCGUGAGAAGGAUCUCAUCAUCCUGUCGUGCGUGCGCAGCAACGAGCAUCAGGGCAUUGGGUUCCUGAACGACCCGCGGCGGUUGAACGUGGCGUUGACGAGGGCCAAGUACGGGGUGGUGCUGCUGGGCAACGCUAAGGUGCUCUCCAAGCAGCCGCUCUGGAACCUGCUGCUCACGCACUUCAAGGAGAGGGAGGCGCUAGUGGAGGGGCCGCUCACGAACCUCAACCAGAGCAUGGUUCAGUUCCACAAGCCCUCUAAGCCGCACUUUGACCGGCGCAUGCCAUCAUCAGGCAUGGUGGCGCUGGGAGCACCAGAGCCCUUCGUCCCCACGCUCACACCCACCGUGCCCUCCAUGCCCUCGCACGCCCGCCCCUACCCGCCCUCGCGCGGCCCACCCUUCCCCCCAUCCGCCCGUCCCAUGCCUCCUGUCGGCAUGCCCGGCCCCUCCUACCCUGCCUCCGGCCCCUUCCCCCCCCACCUCCCCAACGGCUUCCCCCGCGGCGGGCCCCCCUCUGCCUCCCCCCACGGCCCCAUUCCCCCACGCAUGCCCCUGCCUGCUUUUCCUCUGGGCGCAUAUGCUCAGCCCUACGCCAUUCCCACGCGCCCCGCACUGGGGCAGGCAGCGCAGCAGGUGGCUGUGGGUCCGCAGGGCGGGGGGAGGGGCUUUGGCAUGGGCAGAGGCGCAGGGGGGAGGGGAGGAGGCGGAGGCGGAGGGAGGGGGCUGGGAGUGGUGGCGGAUGGGAGGGGCGAGGCAGGGGGGCGAGGGAGAGGCAUGGAUGGAGGGAUUUCGCAACAGGAGAUGCUCACGCAGGCGCCCAGCAGCAGUCAGGGUGGGUCUGCAGGCGCGCCGCUCAGCCAGGCGCCACACAACGACCUCUUCCCCCUCACCAUGUCACAGGACUUCCUAGGGGACGAUUUCAACUCGCAGGGCUCGCUGGGGUUCGCCUCCUUCAACACGCAGGGCGGGUUCUCCCACCCAUCAUCGGACCUCAUGCCCCAGCAGCGCCACCAGCAGCACAUGGGUGUGGGGCAGGCUGCCUCUGGCGGGGGGAAGCAGGAGCAGGGGGGCAGCAUGCAGUCGCAGUACUCUCAGGGCUCCAACCUGCCUGCUGACCUCAUGACCCAGCAGGGCUUCAACUAUGCACACAUGCCCGAUGCGUCACUCGGCUUCGGCCUCCCCUCGCGCCCUCUCUCGCAGUCGCAGCAGCCUGGGCCCUUCUCGCACCACCCAGCAGAUGGCCCCUCCACACAGCACUUCGCCUCUCAGGCGUUUGGUAGCAACCAGCUGUUCACGCAGCCCUACUCGCACUUCACCCAGCAGCAGCCAUCACAGCAGCAGCAGAGGCAGGGGUCGUAUAACGGGUAG